CCAGGCGGGACCGCGUAGCUUGCGGGAGGACCAUGGCGUCCCCGGCGCUGGCGGCGGCGCUGGCGGCGGCGGCAGCGGCGGGCCCCAACGCGAGCGGCGCCGGCGACGGGGGCAGCGGCAGGGUCGCCAACGGCUCGGGGGCGCCCUGGGGACCGCCCCCGGGCCAGUACUCGGCGGGCGCCGUGGCGGGGCUGGCGGCCGUGGUGGGCUUCCUCAUCGUCUUCACCGUGGUGGGCAACGUGCUGGUGGUGAUCGCCGUGCUGACCAGCCGCGCGCUGCGUGCGCCGCAGAACCUCUUCCUGGUGUCGCUGGCCUCCGCUGACAUCCUGGUGGCCACACUGGUCAUGCCCUUCUCGCUGGCCAACGAGCUCAUGGCCUACUGGUACUUCGGGCAGGUGUGGUGCGGCGUGUACCUGGCGCUAGACGUCCUCUUCUGCACCUCGUCCAUCGUGCACUUGUGCGCCAUCAGCCUGGACCGCUACUGGUCCGUGACCCAGGCCGUCGAGUACAACCUGAAGCGCACGCCGCGCCGCGUCAAGGCCACCAUCGUGGCAGUGUGGCUCAUCUCGGCCGUUAUCUCCUUCCCGCCGCUAGUCUCGCUCUACCGCCGGCCCGACGGCGCCGCCUACCCGCAGUGUGGCCUCAACGACGAGACCUGGUACAUCCUGUCCUCCUGCAUCGGCUCCUUCUUCGCUCCCUGCCUCAUCAUGGGCCUGGUCUACGCGCGCAUCUACCGGGUGGCCAAGCUGCGUACGCGCACGCUCAGCGAGAAGCGCGAGCCCGCGGGCCCCGACGGCGCGUCCCCGACCACGGAGAACGGGCUGGGCGCCGGCGAGAACGGGCACUGCGUGCCCGCGCGCCGCCCGCGCGCCGACGUGGAGCCCGAGGACAGCAGCGCGGCGGCCGAGAGACGGCGGCGCCGGGGCGCGCUGCGGCGGGGCGGGCGGCGGCGUGGGGCUGGCGAGGGGGCCGCGGACGCCGAGGGCACGGGCCCCGGGACGGUGACGGCCGAGCCGGGCGCGCUGGCCGCCGCGAGGUCCCCGGGCCCCGGCGGGCGCCUGUCCCGCGCCAGCUCGCGCUCCGUCGAGUUCUUCCUGUCUCGCCGGCGCCGGGCGCGCAGCAGCGUGUGCCGCCGCAAGGUGGCCCAGGCGCGCGAGAAGCGCUUCACCUUCGUGCUGGCGGUGGUCAUGGGCGUGUUCGUGCUCUGCUGGUUCCCCUUCUUCUUCAGCUACAGCCUGUACGGCAUCUGCCGCGAGGCCUGCCAGGUGCCCGGCCCGCUCUUCAAGUUCUUCUUCUGGAUCGGCUACUGCAACAGCUCGCUGAACCCGGUCAUCUACACCGUCUUCAACCAGGACUUCCGGCGCUCUUUCAAGCACAUCCUCUUCCGACGGAGGAGAAGGGGCUUCAGGCAGUGACCCGCGCGCCCUGACCCGGCGCGGACACCCUGGACAGCUCCCGGCGGAGGCGGGCAAAGCCGGCCUCCCAGGGACCCAAGGAUGGAUUUGCCUUCGGGGUGCAGGGGUGGGUACACAGCGCCCAGCGAGAGCCCAGAGACUGCAGGGCCCCCGGGGAGGGGGGAAGGAGAGAGGGGAGACCCCUCUGCCUUCCUGUCUCAGCAAGGGGCUGCUUCUGGGGCUCGAGGCCUGGAUCCAGCUCUCCGGAGGGCUCCCCCCCCCCGCCCAGGUGUGGUAGUGGGGCCCGGUCGUAGAGCCCAGUGGUACUGUUUAUCCUCCCAAAUUGACGAGAAAGGAGCCUGCCCCGCCCCCAACACAUGCCGCCCUACCCUCCUCUCCACCUCUGAGCAAGGGCUGACCUCCCAGGACCUCCGUGGGUGGAUUUCCAGGGGUGGGGGUGGGGGAGGAAGCAAGGCACCGGGAAUCUUUGGUUACCCAAAGUAUUUAAAUGUUUGCCAAAAACGACUGACAGCCACAACCACCAAACUCUUUUUCUAAAUAAACCUUUGUAAUCUAAA